AUGUCGUGGAGAGCUUCAGAGCGUCUGAUGGACACGAUCCGUCAUUAUGCUCGCUUUCCCGCCACUGGUGUCAGCUUGCGCCAGAUGGUUCAGUUUGGCGAGAAACCUUCAGUCGGAACCCUAUUCCGAGCUUCUCAAUUCUUAGCCGAGGAGCUUCCUAUACGUCUAGCUCAUCGCGUGCAAGAGUUGGACGAGCUUCCAGAUGGCCUCAAUGAGAUGCCAUCCGUCAUUAAGGUCAAGGACUGGUAUGCUCAAUCGUUCGAGGAAAUCACACAACUACCUCGGCCAAAGCUACCCUCGGAUGUACGCAGUCGUCUCAUGAAACCCAGCAAAGCUCUCGGUCGCAACGCUUUCCGCCUACCUGCAGCAACCCCAAAUCCUUCCAUUGACGAGGGCGAGUCCGACGGCUGGGGCGGUCUUCAAAACGGCAAUGGCAAGAACAAGAGCCUUACGCGCCGGUACUUUGCUGUUGUCGACGACACAAGCGACUGGCCCCCCGAUCUUCACCUCUACAACCAACGCUUUGCUCAGACUCUGCACCACAUCAAGCGCCGUCACGAUGGCGUCGUUACCACGAUGGCGCAAGGCAUUCUCGAGUACAAGCGUCGCCGCCAGCGCAUGCAAAUCGACAGCACCAUCCAAUCCUUCCUCGACCGUUUCUACAUGUCCCGCAUCGGUAUCCGUAUGCUCAUCGGCCAGCACAUUGCAUUAACAGACCAGAGCCAUCAUCGCGACCCCACCUAUGUCGGUAUCAUCUGCACAAAGACCAACGUCCAGGAUCUCGCCCAGGAAGCCAUUGAGAAUGCUCGUUUCGUCUGUGAGGAUCACUACGGCCUCUUCGAAGCUCCUAAGGUCCAGCUCGUCUGCAACCCCAACCUGAACUUCAUGUACGUCCCCGGCCAUUUAUCGCACAUGCUCUUUGAGACCCUCAAGAACUCGCUGCGAGCCGUUGUCGAAACCCACGGUAUGGAGAAGCAGGCUUUCCCUGUUACUAAGGUCAUUGUGGCCGAGGGAAAGGAAGAUAUUACCAUCAAGAUCUCGGAUGAGGGUGGCGGUAUUCCUCGAAGCGCAAUUCCUCUGGUUUGGACCUAUAUGUACACCACUGUCGACCGCACACCGAGCUUAGAUCCCGAUUUUGACAAGAGCGAUUUCAAGGCCCCGAUGGCUGGCUUCGGAUAUGGAUUGCCUAUCUCACGUUUAUAUGCGCGAUACUUUGGUGGUGACCUAAAACUCAUCAGCAUGGAAGGAUACGGCACCGAUGUCUACCUCCAUCUGAACCGUCUAUCAUCCUCCUCCGAACCUCUGCAAUAG